CUAGUAUAAGUACGAGCACUAUACCUCAAGAUCAUAUUCAUGUCAACAACGUAAAGAGUAGAAGAGAAAAUCAAAUCUAAAAGUGGAUCCAAGAAGGUAUGGAAAGUUGCCACUAUCUUCACAAACAUCAGAGGCUAAAGAGAAAGAGGAGUAUGCAUUAGUAAAUAAUGAGUUUGAUGCUUAUAAUUAUUAUGCAUCUAAUUCUAAUUGGUGUCCAGACACUGAUUUGUCUACCAUGGUUUCUGCUCUCUCUCAAGUCAUUGGAACAUCAUCUACCAAUCAUAAUAACCCACAAAUGGCACAAUCAAUCUCAACUACUAUGGUCAAUGAAGAAUCUCAACCACCUCAACCUCUUCUAGAUCAAGAGACCAAAAAGAAACCACACUAUAGAGGAGUGAGACAGAGACCAUGGGGAAAAUGGGCAGCUGAAAUACGUGACCCAAAAAAAGCAGCUAGAGUUUGGUUAGGAACAUUUGAUACAGCUGAAGAUGCAGCUCUUGCAUAUGACAAAGCUGCACUCAAAUUCAAAGGCACAAAAGCUAAGCUUAAUUUCCCUGAAAGAGUUGUUCAAUGCAACAGUUAUAGUUCUACUGCUAAUAAUGCAAUUCAACAAAGUGAUUAUGUUUCUAAUUCUCAUGAUCAACAAGUUUUCCCAAACUUGUUUCAGUAUGCUCAGAUUCUAGAAAGUGAUGCUGAAUUCCCUUAUUAUGCUUCUCAUCUUUUCAAUCAACAACAACAAGGAGAUCGUCACCCACCGGGCGAGUAGACUCUAGAGAUUUCCUGCAAUCAGGAAAUCUCACAUUCACAUAGUUGAGAUAUCGGUGUUUGUACAAUCAAGAUCGAACGGUAAAAAAAAUACAGGUUGUAGAUUUAUAAUUCAAAAUACCAAAUUUGAAUGUAAACCUACCAAUCUUGAUCGUCAAACAGUAUUUUGAAAGAAGAAAAAAAACGGUCACGAUGUUGCGACUUGUAAAUGUCAGGAAUCCUUGAUUGCAUGGUAGCCAUCGAGAAUCUUUAUGUCAUUUAUGUCUUAUGAAAAAUGUAUUAUUGAGAAAUUGUUUCAAAUUUAAAUUUUAUAAGUGUAUUAUUAAACUAUAUAUAUAUAUAUAAUUAGAGUGAGAAUGAAUACUCUCUUUUCUUA